AUGGCUAAUGAUGAAUACCUCAAGCCUGGCAGUGACAAAGACAUGGUUUUAAAAUACUUCAAUAAGCAAGUGACCCAUGUAGUAUUCAAGGAUGGACAUGAAAGUGUUUGGAAAAAGGCCAAAAAAACUGGUGUAAAAUUGGUUUCUGUACUGUGGGUAGAAAGGUGUAUGGCAACGUGUACCCAUGUUGAUGAAUCCUUAUUUCCUGCCGUGAAUGAUAGUAACUCUUUUCCUGAAAAUAAAAGAACACAUCGAUGUAUGAAACCCAGGGAUUUCAUAGAAAAGACACCAGAGAAUGACAAAAGACUGCAGAGAAAAUUAGAUCAAAUGAUUCAGAAUCUAGAUUUGAAGAAAACUACUGGAGCUGAAUUGCCUUUACUCUCAUUUGAUGAGGAUGCUACAGAUCUAAGUAUAUCCAAAAUGAAAAGGGUUCCCCACAAUCAUUUCUGCAAAAUGGAAGAAAGAUUGAAGGAAAUGAAAGAAAAGAGAGAGAACCUUUCUCCCACAGCUUCCCAAAUGUCUCAAUCAACAAUAUCAGGUUCUGCUGCCUCUCUUUGCCAGCCAUCCCUUGGGGAAUCUCCAUCAGUAACACCGAAAGGAUUUGCAGAAGAUCAAAUAAUUGGCUCAGAAGAUACAUCAACUAAUGAUCCUCGCGGAAGUUCUGCUAACAAAAGCAAGUCUCUACUUUCAAGCGAUGCUUGUGUAGAACAAGUAACCCAACGUUCCACACCUGAAUCUUUUGUUGACAGUUUCCAUUUACUUUCACCUAAUUGUGAUUUGAUCAACAAAAACUCAAGGAGAAGAACUAAGAAACCAGUUGCAAAAACAAAACUAGUUUUUCCAAAGAAAAGUAGUGUUUUGGCUUCACCUGAUGGUAAUGGCACAUCAGCAGGCUCAUGUAGAGUGCAAAGGAAUGGCAAAUAUUCCGAAGGAGAAAGUCCACGGGCUUUGGACCAUGCGACACAAGAGCUUAAAGUUUAUAAUACCAUAAGCAAAACAAAUGUAAAUUUGCCACCCCCAGGACAGGUAUCCAGCUCUGUUAAAGAAUGUGAUUUUGCAGAAAUGACCUCCAUGUUGAAUGUACAUCAUAAAAGUAAUGUCUCACCUUUGAAACAAAAAUGUUUCCCUGCAAGUAAGAAAAAUCAGAUUAGCUCAAAGAAAAAUGAUGACUUGUGUAAACACCAAUUUGAUCAUGUAAAGCCUACAAGAAAUGAAUUCUUUGAAGCAAGACAAUUUUCAAGUGGUUCCCCUCAUAGUUAUCCCAUGAAGGAGGUGUAUGAGGAUUUCUUUUCUCCUGUCAAUUUGAAUGGUCAAAGGAAGUCAAGACUACCAUUAGGUGUGUUUCCACCUGAAUCGCCAAGUCCUCCCAAAUUAAAUUUUGUAGAUGUUAAGCAGAAGAGAAAGUCACAAGAAACUAAUCAGCAAAGUUCUAUAGCUAGAACAAAAAGAACGAAGGGUAUUACAAAUUUCAAUACUGCAGAGCAAUUGAAUACUGUUUUUUGUAAUUCUGAUGAAUCUUUGAAUAUAAUUACAGUAGUUGACAAUAAUAACCCUCACAAACAAAAUGAUGCACAACAUCCGGCAGCUACUAGAAUUCAUAACCGAAGGAAGUCUCAUAUAAAACAACUACUUGAUCGUUUUCUUGAUGAAUCGGAGGAAUUGUCAAGCGACGAAUUGCCUUUGAACAAAGUAUCACAUUUUCCCGACGGUAAUGGAGAAGGAAAAUUGGAUUUACGUCCAAAUGAUUCUCCUCCAACAUAUUUUUAUGAUCAUAGAAAAGGAGUAAAUCAUUCAACAACUUUACACACUGAAACAAAAAACAACUCUCUUGAUUCUCUAAAGUUUACCGAUCAGUUGAAUAAGGAGCAAAAUGAAAUGGAAAAAGUACAGUACCACCAAGAGAAUAUGUUAUCUCAGGACAUCUUAACCACUGGCAGCAAUAAGGAAGAUAAGCAUCUUAGUGAACCCUGCCAAAGUCAUAAUAAGAAAUACAAUACAACUGAGCUAACUUAUACUACAAUUGGAUGCAAAGGGAAGACUAAAAAGCCAAGCAGAACACUAGUCAUGACGAGUAUGCCUUCAGAGAAUCAGAUUAUUGUAAUUCAAGUUGUGAAACAGCUCGGUGGCUUUUUGUUCUCGGACCAAGUGAAUGAAACAACUACUCAUGUUGUCGCAGGACACUCACGGCGUACAUUGAAUGUCUUGUUUGGAAUUGCCCAAGGGUGUUGGAUCUUGUCCUUUGACUGGAUUCUUUGGUCUUUGGAGCAAGGGUUUUGGGUUCCUGAAGAGCCUUAUGAACUAUCAGCCCAAUUUCCAGCAGCGACUAUCUGCAGAUUAGAAAAACAGUCAGCAAUAGGACCCUAUCAACAGGAUUUAUUUGCAAAUCAGCCUCUGAUCUUCAUUUCACCCAGAAGUGAACCGCCUACCUUAAUGCUCGAGAAAUUGAUUCAGUUGUGUGGGGGCAAGGUGUGCAAAACUUUACGCAAAGCUGGAAUUUGUAUUGGACAGUACAAGGGAAAGAGACCUCCUGGAAAUCAACACUUAUCAGAAAGUUGGAUACUGGAUUGUAUUACCCAACAUAAGCUCUGCCCCAUUGACAACUACAGAAUCGAAUAGUUGGAAGUGCUGAUGAUAAAAGUACAAUAGAAGAGGAGUCUGCUUCAGUCAGUAAAUAUAUUAUGUUCCUCUCAAGAAAGCUUAUACAUA